AUGGCCCGUGUACCAGUCAUUGGGCGGCUUUUCUGGUUCGAAUACCUUGCGCUAUUCGGAUCGUUAAUUUUGGUGCUGCUGGAAUGGGUCAUUCACAUCAUUACGUUCUGCCUUCCGGAGCCGAUCAUCAAUUUCUGCUACGAACGGUCGAAAACUAUUUUCAACCUCAUUAUAACCCCUGAGAAGCCGGAAAAUCAGGCGAGGGAAAAGCGAAUUGCGACUGCGGUUGGGGAAGCUUCAGAUUUUGGGGAAAUAUGCACCAUCUUCGGAUAUGAGGCGGAGGAGCACAUUGUGCAGACUAAGGAUGGAUAUCUACUUGGCCUGCAUCGAUUGCCCAACCGUAAGGGCGAGGAAUCUCAGACUGUGAACCAAGGUGCACAAAGCGUCAAGAAGAAGGUCGUAUAUCUUCACCAUGGCUUGAUGAUGUGCAGUGAAGUUUGGGUCUGCCUGACAGAGGAGGAACGGUGUCUUCCUUUCCAGCUCGUGGAACGAGGGUACGACGUCUGGUUGGGGAACAACCGGGGGAAUAAAUAUUCCAAAAAGUCGACCCGGCUCUCUCCGCUAACCAAUGAAUUUUGGGAUUUCUCAAUCGACCAGUUCGCCUUUCACGACAUUCCCGACAGUAUCAACUAUAUCCUUGAGUUGACAGGGCAGCCCUCCCUAUCAUAUAUUGGCUUCUCGCAGGGAACUGCUCAAGCUUUCGCCACUCUUUCAAUUCACCCGCAGUUAAAUCAGAAGAUCGACGUCUUUGUGGCCCUUGCGCCUGCAAUGGCGCCUGCUCGGAUAUCAAAUCCGGUUGUGGAUUCCCUUAUGAAAGCCUCACCGAACUUCUUGUUCUUACUGUUCGGCCGACGCAGCAUCCUCAGUUCAACCACGAUGUGGCAGACCAUCCUCUACCCUCCGAUUUUCAUGCGUAUUAUCGAUACGUCACUUUCCUUCCUUUUCAAUUGGAAAUGCAGGAAUAUCAGUCGUAGCCAGAAACUCGCGGGUUAUCUCCAUUUGUUCUCGUUCACGAGUACCAAGUCCGUUGUACAUUGGUUCCAAAUCAUCCGCAACAAGAACUUUCAGUUCUAUGAUGAUGAGAUCUAUGCACCAUUCAGUAUUGCGGCGAGCGAACGUUUUUACAAGCCAGUCAAGUACCCUACGAGGAACAUCAAAACCCCGAUUGUUCUGCUGUACGGCGGCAGUGAUAGCCUUGUCGAUAUCAAUGUGAUGCAGAAAGAGCUCCCGCGUGGGACAACUGCUAAAAUUAUUCCAAAGUAUGAACACCUUGAUUUCCUGUGGGCCCACGAUGCUCCUGAGCUGGUUUUUGGCCAUGUGUUCGAUGCCUUGGACCAGUAUAGCUCUGCCACCAAGGGCCUACAGGAUACGAAGCUAAACAAGCAGGUUAACGGCACCAAGUGA